CUAGCGAGGAGAGCGGUAGUCCGCACAAUGAACAUUUGUGCACUUCGAAUAUAGUUUUCUCCAGUGCUACCCGCCCACUCGCGUUUUGUUAUUUCCCCCCCCCCCUUAUAAACAGUUGUAAUUCACAUUAAAACUCAGCUUCGUAUCUAUCGUAUAGACACGAGAGACUAGAAAAAUCCUCAAAAAAGCGAGGAUGUUGGUCCCCGCGGGAAGAUAAUGAAGAGGUUGCGCGUUUUGUUGGUGUGCCUCAUUGUAGCUCUGUGCUGGUCCCCCGGUCACCAUGUGUGUUGUUCAGAGCAGAUCUCGUCAGGAGAAGGUGCGUCUGCUGGUCAGGACCACCUCCACCAGGAACCCGACACCACGGACCGCCAGGUCACGGAGGAGUGGACGACACUCACCCACUCGUCCUACGACGUGGGACUGGAGACGGAGAGGACUGCUUUAGAGGAGCCCUCGACACACAACACACACCACGACAACCAUGACCAGACUGUGAAUCCAGAAGGGGCUGUGGUUGAGGUGGCCUGGUCUGAGCCAGAACCUGACGCCCCCGAGCCUGCUGCCUCUGAGCCAGAACCUGACUACACUGACCCCCCGCCCCACCCAGGCCCCCCGCCCCACACCCAGGACCAGCCCCCUCCAUCCCCCCAGGCCUCCACCCCUGCCCCAGCCCAGGGCCAAGCCCAGCCAGACCCCCCGGCCCCAGCCGAGACUCCCAGAGAUGUCCCUGCAGAGCCCAGCCCAGACUCGACCCCUGACCUCCAGGAGGAUGGCCAACACACACCUACCUCACUCACCUCCAGCCAGACCCCUGUCAGUGCAGUGUGGGUUGCCAGUGCUGGAGAUGAACCCCCCGUAGAAAGAUUUGUCUCUGCCGAGCCCUCUGACUCGCAGUGUGGGGUGAUUCCCCCCAAACUGGCAACUUGUGAAUCCCCUCCUUUUGGCGUUCCUUUCCCCAGAGCGGAUGUGGACCCUGUAGAACAGCGGCUCCUGGAGCAGGGCCAGGGUUCUGAUCCGGAGGUUGAAGCUCCGCCUCCUCCAGGCCCUCUGGACCAGGACCUGAUCCAGGACCUGCCUGAGCUGGACCAGGGGGGCAACACCUCCCUCUGGCACCAAGACGCACAGGAGGCGGAGGCCAAUGGGUCCAGGGAGACGGACCCCUCAGUGCCCAGUAAAGAGGACAUCCCCACCUUCGACGAGUGGAAGAAGAAAGUGAUGGAGGUGGAGAAGGAGAAAAGUGAGUCGCUGCACACCUCCACCCAUGGCACCCCUCGCCCGGUGAAGAAGGUCCAGAAGAACUUCAAGAACAACUACGCGUCUGUCGAGUGUGGAGCCAAGAUCCUGUCAGCCAACACCGAGGCCAAGAGCACGUCCUCCAUCCUCAUGGAGAACAUGGACCUGUACAUGCUCAACCCCUGCAGCAACAAAAUCUGGUUUGUGAUAGAGCUCUGUGAGCCCAUCCAGGUGAAGCAGCUGGACAUCGCUAACUUUGAGCUCUUCUCCUCCACACCUAAAGACUUCCUGGUCUCCAUCAGUGACAGGUACCCCACCAACAAGUGGGUGAAGCUGGGCACCUUCCACGCCCGUGACGAGCGGACUGUCCAGAGCUUCCCAUUGGACGAACAGCUCUACGCUAAAUACAUCAAGAUGUUCAUCAAGUACAUAAAGGUGGAGCUUCUCUCACACUUUGGAUCAGAACACUUCUGUCCCCUCAGUCUCAUAAGGGUGUUUGGCACCAGCAUGGUGGAGGAGUAUGAGGAGAUUGCAGACUCCCAGUACCCAUCAGAGAGGCUGGAGUACCUGGACGAAGACUAUGACUACCCCCCAGGGUACCAGCACUCGGAGGACAAGUCCUCUAAGAAUCUACUGGGCUCUGCUACAAAUGCCAUCAUCAACAUGGUCAACAACAUAGCUGCCAACGUGCUGGGGGCCAAACCUGAGCUGGAGGGGGGGGCCCCAAUAGAAGCCAACGCAUCGACAGAAGCCCAGAAUGAGACAGGGGAGAGGGCUGAGGUGCAGCUCACCUCCACCCUUACCUCCACCCUCACCAGCAGCUCUGCAGAACCUGAGGCUGAUGUGACGGAGCCCCCCGCCCCCCAGGAGGACCCAGAGCCCCCCUCCUCCUCCGCCUCCCCCACGCCUCCCCCCUCCUCCCCCGACCCCUCCGAGGACAGAAAGAUCGUCACCCUGGUGGAGGAAGAGGAGGAGCCCAGGCAGUCCACUGUCACCUUGAUGGAGGAGGAAGAGGAGGAGGAGGAGGAGGAGAGGAGGAAGGUGAGGAGUCGCGAGGCGUGGCAGAGGGAGAGCCGGCUGUACUGUCCCCUCUCCUCCGUGCCGUCCCUGUCCUCCGUGUCGUGCGUGGCCACUCUGACGGAGCUUCUGCAGCGCCGCUGCUCCGCCCGCCUCGCCCGGGAGCGCAAGCCGCCACGCCCCCGCCACCACGCACCCGCCGACCCCCCCAGACACGCCCCCUCCGACUCGCAGACCCCCGCCCCCUCGCUCGCACCCGCCCCUGCUGUCCCCGCCCCCACUCCCACCCAGAAGCGCCCCUCCCUCACGGAGCAGGUGUCCGAUCUGGACGCGGCCCCCGAGGGCAAGCCCCCCUCCGAGGGUCCCUCCCCCCCCACGCACUCCGCCACCCUCCCCCCGGACACGGAGACCCCCGAGACCCCCAUCCUGCUGGAGCCCAGCCGCACCUCCACCAUCCCCCCCCACAGCUUCUCCCAAGCCUCCCUCAGCCAGCCCACCCCCACCCAGGAGGAGACCCCCCUGCCCCCCGUCAAAGACCUGGCCCUGGACCUGGCCCCCCCUCCGGUCCUCCAGGGUGUCUCGGUCCCCGAGACCCAGCAGGCCAGCAGUGCCACUCUGACCCCCAGCCCCAGCACCCCGCUCCUGGCCCCCGCCUCCGAGACAGCCUCCCCCCACCUGGAGCUCCCCCUGCCCCCCCUGAAGGAGCAGCCCAUCCAGCCCCUCCCCACGGCAACCAGGCCCGCGGAAAUCCCCCCCCCCACAGAGCUGCCCCCAGCCCCCCCCCAGCCCGACACAGCCUCUGACUCUACCAGACCUGGGGGGGAGGGUGGGGACAAACAGAACCAGGGCCCAGGGGAGCAGGCGGAUGCUCUUACCCAGGCCUCGGAUCCCCAUCGUGGGGCGGAGGAAACCGUGGAGGACCUCCUGCUGGGUGGAGGGAACGGGAACAUCCACCGGACGGCCACGGACUUUUACGCCGAGCUGCAGAGCGCCGGGGACGUGGGGGGAGGAGGGGGGAACGGGGGCCUGAACGGGGGGGCGGUCCACGGCUCCAGCCAGAAGGAGAGUGUCUUCAUGAGGCUGAACAACAGGAUCAAGGCCCUGGAGAUGAACAUGAGCCUGUCCAGCAGGUAUCUGGAGGAGCUCAGCCAGAGGUACCGUAAGCAGAUGGAGGAGAUGCAGAGAGCGUUCAACAAGACCAUCAUCAAACUGCAGAACACCUCACGCAUCGCUGAAGAGCAGGACCAGAGACAGACUGAGUCCAUCCAGAUGCUGCAGAGCCAGCUGGAGAACGUCACCACACUCAUGCUGAACCUCACCGUCUCGGUCGUCCAGUUACAGAGAGAGGUGUCGGACCGGCAGAUCUACCUGGUGGUGUGUCUGUGUCUGGCUCUGUGUCUGGGGCUGUUCCUGUGUCUGCAGUGCUGCAGGAGCCCCGCCCCCAGCCCACAUACCUCCUCUACAGCCCUGCCCAAGAGCACCCACUACCCUAGCCCCAAGAGGUGUUUCUCCUCCUAUGAUGACAUGAGUCUGAAGCGCAGGGUGUCCUGUCCUCUCGUCCGCUCCAAGUCCUUCCAGAUGACCUCCACAGAAGUAGGUCCCGAUGACUUGUACAUUGUAGAACCUCUAAGGUUUACUCCAGAGAAAAAGAAGAAGCGUUGUAAAACACGGGCGGCAGAGCGGCCCGAAUUCCUGAAGGCCCCCGACUCUCCGUCCCCGCUCGCCAACGGGGCGCCCAAGUGCAACGGCUUCCACGCCGCCCUGCCUCCUCCUCCCCCUCCUCCCCCUCCCCCUCCUCCCCCCCUCCCCUCCUCUGUGGAGGAGGUGUCCUUCUCCUCCUACUCCUCCCGGGACUACCCCUGGGAGAGCAGCAGCUCCUCCACUCACUCUGAGGAGUCCUACACCGGCCGCCUCCACACUCCCUUCUUCCCCCCCAUCUCCCACGGCCUCUACAACGGACACCCCCCGCCCCCGCCUCUCCCCCCGCCCCUCCCCCUGCCCCUCCCCCCCUCCAAGUCCCGGCAGGAGAAGCGCUCUGUGAAGCGCCGGCGGUCGCGGCAGGCCGAGCUGCAGUUCCCCUCCGUGCAGCCGGGGGGCGGCGUGGAGUCUCUGCCCACGCUGCAGCAGCUGAUGAAGGGAAACAAGGAGAUCAGUGUGGGGACCAUAGGAGUGACAGCGGUCACUGGAAACGUGUGAAAUACACACACACACACCUGCAUAUGAAUAUACACAUUUAUUUGAUUUUAGAUGCACACAAAGCGAUUUUUUAUUUUAUUUUUACUACAAAGUUCAGACUCACUUUGAUGUAUACUCACUUGACCACACACACACACGUGCUGACUCAUCGUGGGCAGAAUGGAAGGUGUGGUCUGGCCACAUCUCCUAUCAGUAACUAGGCCCACAGGGGGAGCUCAGACGCCAUGGCAACAGUUGCCCGGCAUCAGCCGCCCCUCCUCAGACAUUACCCCCCCACCAAUCAGAAACCUCUCUGCGGUCAUGUGCCUUUUUAUAUGUUAUAGAGCUUUUACCUGUUACAGAAACAGAAACUCGAAGGAUUGUGUUUUUUUUUCUUUUAGAAGUGACAAAGACAAUAUGGUGGGAUGUAAAGUCAGGAGGACAAAAGACGUGUGACAUACGAGUGAGCUGUUUUUCUACUGGACAAGCACAUUGCUCCAUCAGAGUUUGGCGUCAGCAGGCCACAUCCAACUCCGGUGCCCAGAGAGGAGAGGUGCUAGCGGGGCAGAGCUUCCACUCCAGUCCCCUGCCUCUCCUCGGGCCUCCGGAGGUACGAAGCUGCUCCUACGAAUGAAAUGAAUCGUACUGAGAGAACUGUGCAGCACGACAAGCAACUUUUCUAACCCCUCCACCCCUCCCUCUCGUUCUCCACCUGUCCUACACAUUCACAUUCUGUCCAUUUGGAUGUUCAGAGCUAACACUACCACAGUCGUUUGUAUGGGACCAGGGUGUCAACACUUCACACCCUCAUCUCUCUGUCCACCACCUCCUACCCAGGCAACACAGCUGAAUGAAGACGCACUCUAAAAGGUGUUUGUGUGUGUGUGUGUGUGUGUGUGUAUGAGACACCCACAUCCCUCCACCUCUAGCGCAGUAACAGGAGAAGGAGUCUGUCAGUCCUGACAAUGGUUUACUGGGUGUGGUUUAAUGAUCCUCUCACACAUCACUCAUACCUUCACGUGUAGUUAGGGCUGGGCCCAAACCACACACACAGCCACACACACACACACACACACACACAAGAAAAGGGAUUGUUUACUGUAAAGGCUGUAGUCACAUGGGUGCACGGUGCAGCUCUGCUGCGUUCGUUCUGUUUUGCACAUCCUGUAUAGGAGCUGGGAGGGGAGCCGGCGUCUGUUAGUCGUCGUCGUCGUCAUAGCGAUCGGUUUGGUGUGAAGACGUUAGUGCGUUUUGGUUUGAGCACUCUCUUUCACACACACACUCAUACUCGUACACACACUCAUACUCACACACACACACACAACCCUGGUAGACGGCGUUCCCAGGGUGGGCCGGAGGCGUAGCUUGGCCUCCCUGUUCUGAGGGAGACGAGCGCCCAGGGACCUGGUCUCUCUGCUGUCUCUCCAGGGAAGUGGUCCCUCUGCCGUCUCGCCCCUGUUCUCCUGCGGAAGGCGCUAGGGGGCCGGUUUUAUUUAUCUAUUUAUUUAUUUAAAAGCCUCCCCAGUUGUGUUCUGCAGGUUAAACUGGUCUCUUGCCCCCGUAGCGCCCCUUUCCUUCUGCUCGCGAGCCCCCAGGGUAUGCACACACACACACACACACACACACACACACACACACACACACACACACACACACACACGGUCUCAGAUCAUGGGUAGGACAGGUGCACACCUCGGUACAGACAUAUGGGAGGGUCUUCACAGGCUCAGUCCAGCUGGACCGCAUGUUCUGUGGAGCCUCUGUGUGCCUGGCCUCUACUGUCUGCCCGGCCUCUACUGCGGCCCCUCUAGCCUCGCUCGGCUUCGCACAGGCGGCCCCCAAGGACGACUGUAUUCCUCAGAGUAGAACUGUACGUUACGUUUGAUGACUGAAUUUUGGUGACGACCUUACUGGACGGAUAUCUGACACCAGUCAGACUGUAUAAUCGAGCUCUCACUGGGUCAGACUGGAGGACUGGAAACGCUGUUUUUGUUGUUUUGGGACAGAAUCAUUGUACGAUAAGGGAGCAGGUGGAGUUUGAGUGGGCUGUGUGUGUGUGUGUGUGUUUGUCUCUUCUUGGUAUUGAUUUGCACAUAACAGAUCUGAAGGUUAAAAAUCGAACGAUUAUAAUUAUGACUUUUUUUUUUGUUGCAGAUGUGAAUCUUCGUGUUCUUGAUAUUCAGAAGUGAAAAGGAAAUCAGGGAUACGUAUGUUGUGUGUGUGUGUGUGUGUGUGUGUGUGCUCUGACAGGCUGUGUUCAUGACUGGGUAGGAGAGUGUUGUUCUGAGAGAAAGGGAGCAAGAACUCUGUAACAUGACAUCACACUCCUUCCUUGGCUCUGAUUACCUCUCCCCCUUCCCUCCCCCCGCACCCCUCCAUCCCCCUCACAUCUCUCACUAUGACCUGGCCUGGCCAGCAGGAAUCUAUGAUAGAGAACUGUUUUUACUCCAACUCUUUUAACUAACCACUGCUGCUCCGGCUAGCAGACACACCUAACCCUCAUCGGACCACAUCUGUUCUUCUGACUAGUUCUUCUCUCUCUUCUUCUCUCCUUUUCUCUCUUCUAUUGUCCAUUGAGUCGUGUCAUCAUUUUUGUUCAAUCGUUUUUUACUGUACGCAUGCUGGGUGAAGCACGAGGAGGGGCGGAGGGCUGAUAAAGGGACCGUUCGGAACGUUUGGAGUUUGGAACGCGCCAUUCUAAUGUGAUUUUACGUGUUCCACGGACCCAGCGAAUCAAAACCCUCUUUUUGUAUGAAAUGUUUGUUUUUUUGCGUAUAAAUACAUUCUUGUAUAUGAGUGCUUGUGGUCGCGUGUGCAUGCGAGAGUUUUUCUAUGUCCUCUCUGUCUGUGUGGAAGGAGAAAGACUACUUUUGAUUAAUCUGCGUAUCCUGUGAGACAGUGGUUCACGAGAAGGCCUCGCGAGCCCUCCUAGGAGCCCAGUAUGCACUUUGUAACUCCUCAAGCCUUUUGUUUUAAUUUUUCUAUACUACCUUGUACGUCAAGUGCUUUCUUUAUAAGCUUCUCUUGCGCUCUCGUGUUUCUAUCUUUGUCUCUCUAUCUCUCUCUUUCUUUCUCUCACUCUCUCUGAGUACUCAGAAAAAAGAACUGCACAGUAUUUAUGAGCGGGAGUGAGUGUAACUACGAAAAUGUAGUGCCAUUAGAAACUGUGAAUUUCUAAAUAAAACAUUUUGUUGUCUUUCA